AUGGUGCGCAAUAUUGUUGUUCUGGGAGGCAACUCCCACCCGCAACUCACAGAAAAUGUCUGCCAAAUUCUGGGUGUUCCGGCAAGCAAUCGCAUUCUUGGAAAAUUCUCUGGCGGCGAGAGUCGCUGCGAAAUCAAGGACUCAGUUCGCGGCAAAGAUGUCUACAUCAUACAAUCUGGCUCCGGCAACGUCAACGACAACCUCAUCGAUCUCUGUAUCAUGAUCUCAGCCUGCAAGACUGGCUCUGCGAAACGAGUCACCGCCGUUGUCCCACUCUUCCCUUAUUCACGACAACCCGACUGGCCCUAUAACAAAGCCGGCGCACCUUUGUCGCAGAUCUCUGGUUCCUCCAAAGACUACACAUUUGAGAGUGUUCCUCCCACGCCUCGUCCAGGUGGCCCCAAGUCAGCUGGCCUGCCCAAUGGUGUCAACAACCUGACCGAGAAGCUCUCGAAAACAGCUCUCGCAAACGAGGGCGCGACAAAUGGUGCUAACGGCACUAACGGCGUCUUCAACACUCCUCGCCGCUCAGACACCAUCUCGAGCAGCACCUCUGAGGCCCGUGGACACCAUGCAGAGAACUCGACCUCUUCCCAGAGAAAUGCCUACACCACCCACGACUAUGAGAACCAGUCCAACAUCUCUGCUUUCCAGCCUAAGCCUGGCUACAAGCAGUGGAUCGCUCAGGCUGGUACUCUCGUUGCCGACUUGCUCACCUGCGCCGGUGCCGAUCAUAUUAUCACGAUGGACUUGCACGAUCCUCAGUAUCAGGGCUUCUUCGACAUUCCUGUCGAUAACCUGUACGGAAAGGCGCUACUCCAGAACUACAUCCAAUCUCAAAUUCCUAACCACCACACCGCUGUCAUUGUGUCUCCUGAUGCUGGAGGUGCAAAGCGAGCUACUUUGAUUGCGGACAGUCUCAAGACUGACUUUGCUCUGAUUCACAAGGAGCGACGGCCCAUUCGAUUUACCGAGCAUCGCAACGCCAGUAUGAUGCUAGUUGGAGAUGUGUCAAACCGCAUCUGCAUCCUAGUUGACGACAUUGUCGAUACUGGUAACACCAUCACGCGUGCUGCGAAGCUUCUGAAGAAGGAGGGCGCUACUCAAGUCUAUGCCCUCGUCACCCACGGUGUCUUCAGUGGUGACGCUAUCGCUCGUAUCAAUGCUUCUGCCAUUGACAAGAUGCUCGUUACCAACUCUGUUCCUCAAAACGAGCAUCGUCGUCUCUGCCCCAAGCUUGAGAUACUCGAUAUCUCGGCCGUUUUUGCUGAGGCCAUCCGUCGUGUUCAUCACGGCGAGUCUAUCAGCGUCCUUUUCCAGCACAACUAG